CGACAGGUUGCCUACCCUGCGCCAAUGACGUCAUCACUGUUUUGCGUCAACGAGUUGUGAUCAUAUGUGUUUUAAGAAAUCACUAGUACUACGCAAGCACCUAGAAGAGAGGGCGCUUAAGACGCCAUGUUAUAGACGGAGACUAUAAUCGGAGGUGUUACACGCUAAUACUAUUUUGAGGUUAUAAUUCUUUACGCUUUAGUAAUUCUUUUUUAGAUUUAAUUAUUUUAUGAAAUCAUGCGCUGGUAAACGAUUAAAAAUGUUUGGGCACGAAUUAAGUGACGAAAGUUCUUCUUCUCUACAGAAAAUCUCAAAGAAUAUUGAAUUCUACAUAACUGAUUUUCCAACACUUAUUAAUAUUUCUUAUUACGUCAAUAAAAUCGUAUUAAUGAGAGAUGUCAAAGAUGACACGGAAAUGGUACUAAUCAGUGCACCAAGAAGUUUUAAUCAGAGCAACAAGUCUACGAAUAUGUGUAUGCUACGAAAAGUUGUUGAAAGAAAAAUGAACAGUAAUGGGGAACGUAUCGAACCAGAAAAAGGAUGAAGAAGAUUAUUCGAUGGAAUAACAGCCAAUAUCAAGGAAUUUCAACAUAUACAAAGGCAAACAUAUUUGUUCCAAUUACUAAUGCACUGUACAACAAAAUUCCUUUCUAAUGAUGAUGCAGAGCAUAUUGUAAACAUUAUUGGUGUUCCAAGUUCAGAUUUAUUAGAAAGUAAUUUGUAUGUAAGGAGAGUAUUACUGAAUAACUGCCAUUAUAUUGAAGGAGUUCUAUUAUCUAACAA